AACGAUUCAACGAAUCACAACAAAGCUCUGGAAGAGAAAGAAGAGCGCGGAAAAGUUUGUGUCUCAAUCGAAAUCCGAAGAUCCUCAACCCCAUCCCCAUUGAGCCGAUCGUUCUCACCGUCCUGACCGUGAUCAUGCCGUGUGAGAUGAUCAUGUUGCAGCUAGGCCAAUGUGGCAACCAGAUCGGGUUCGAGUUCUGGAAAAAGCUGUGCGCCGAGCACGGCAUCUCACCCGAAGGCAUCCUGGAAGAACACGCCACCGAAGGCACUGACCGAAAGGACGUCUUCUUCUAUCAGGCGGACGAUGAACAUUACAUUCCUCGAUCAGUGUUAUUAGAUCUGGAGCCCAGAGUGAUCAACAAUAUUAUGAAUUCAGAGUACAAAAAGUUGUACAACCCAGAGAAUGUUUACCUCGCCAAAGAUGGUGGAGGUGCCGGCAACAACUGGGCCAGUGGCUAUUCCCAAGGGCAAAAAUUGUACGAGGAGGUGUUUGACAUCAUCGACCGUGAAGCGGAUGGCAGCGAUUCCUUGGAAGGUUUCGUCCUCACCCAUUCCAUUGCAGGUGGAACUGGAUCUGGCAUGGGAUCAUACAUCUUAGAGAGACUGGCUGACAGAUAUCCCAAGAAAUUGGUCCAGACCUACAGCGUGUUUCCCAAUCAAGAGACCAGUUCAGAUGCUUUGAGCUCUGUGGGCGUAUCAGAUGUAGUGGUUCAGCCCUACAACUCACUCCUCACCCUUAAAAGAUUAACUCGAAGUGCCGAUUGUGUUGUGGUCUUGGACAACACUGCGCUCAAUCGCAUCGCCACCGAUCGUCUUCACAUUUCCAAUCCCACAUUUUCGCAGAUCAACGAGCUCGUGUCUACGAUCAUGUCCGUUUCAACCACCACUUUGCGAUAUCCCUCCUAUAUGAAUAACGAUCUCAUUGGACUCAUUGCACCCUUGAUUCCCACCCCAAAUUUGCACUUUCUAAUGACGGGUUACACACCCUUGACAACCGCUGCAGAUACACAAGCUGCCAUCAGAAAGACCACAGUUCUGGAUGUGAUGAGACGGUUGCUCCAACCUAAGAAUAUGAUGGUGUCCACGGGUGGGGUGGACAAGAAAAUUGCCCAUUGCUACAUUUCCAUUCUUAACAUUAUUCAGGGAGAGGUGGAUCCCACACAGGUUCACAAAUCGCUUCAAAGAAUUCGGGAGCGCAAGCUUGCCGGCUUCAUUCCAUGGGGCCCAGCCAGUAUUCAGGUGGCGCUGUCGCGGAAAUCUCCGUACGUCAAGACUGCUCAUCGCGUGUCGGGUCUCAUGUUGGCCAAUCAUACCUCCAUCUCUUCCCUGUUCCAAAGAGCGCUUCGCGAUUACGACAAACUCCGGAAGCGAGAGGCUUUCAUCGAACAAUUCCGCAAAGAGGAGAUGUUUGCCGAUGGUUUGGAGGAGAUGGACGAUUCGCGGGAAGUGGUUCAACGGCUCGUGGACGAGUACCAAGCGGCUACCAAACCAGAUUAUUUGACUUGGGGAAUGCAACAGAGCUGAAGAAAGCUAUAUGAGUUGCCAUCUUAAUUGUCGAUAAUAAUUUUAAGGAAAAAUAUUUUACUUCGGUUACCCA